GCUAUACGACGAUCCGUAGUGCUUUGCUUUCUGCUCUGCAUUGUGGGAGCUGCAACAAGAUGGCGGUUGGUAUCCUCUGCCGGGCAACCAAUGCCCGUACAAUGUCACGUCCCAGGAUUAUAUCCCUUGUGACAUCUGUUCCCAUUGUACUACAGCAGAGAAAAGUUCACCAUGCAGUUAUCCCCCAUGGAAAAAGUGGACGUUCCGCUGUCAGUGGAGUUGUUGCCACUGUGUUUGGGGCUACAGGGUUUUUGGGUCGAUAUGUUGUCAACCGAUUAGGGAGAAUGGGAUCUCAGGUCAUUAUACCACACCGCUGUGAUCAGUAUGAUAUUAUGUAUCUUCGUCCUAUGGGAGAUCUUGGACAAAUAAUAUUCAUGGAAUGGAAUGCAAAAAACAAAGAUGCCACGAGAAGAGCCCUUGAAAACUCAAAUGUUGUCAUCAACCUUGUAGGGAGAGAAUGGGAAACAAGCAACUUUGGAUUUGAGGAUGUGUAUGUGAACAUCCCAAGAGAUAUUGCUGCCUUAGCGCGGGAAGCUGGAAUACAAAAAUUCAUUCACAUGUCCCAUCUGAAUGCAGACAUUAAAAGUCCCUCAAAGUAUUUGAGGACAAAGGCUGUUGGAGAGAACGUUGUAAGAGAAGAGUUCCCAGAGGCCAUAAUACUGAAGCCCUCAGAAAUAUAUGGCAGAGAGGACAGAUAUUUCAAUCAUUAUGCAAAUAUGCGCUGGUUUGGAGGUGUUCCUCUCAUUUCCUUUGGUAAAAAGACUGUGAAGCAACCUAUUUAUGUAGUUGAUGUAGCCAAGGCUAUUAUUAAUACUAUCAAAGACCCUGACUCUGUUGGAAAAACAUAUGCACUGGUUGGGCCUCACCGAUACCUUCUCCAUGAUCUGGUAGAAUACAUAUUUGCUGUAGCCCACAGGCCGUUCCUCCCAUACCCUCUGCCACGUCCUCUUUACCAUCUAGGUGCAAGAUUCUUUGAGAUGAACCCAUUUGAGCCAUGGAUAACAAGAGACAAAGUUGAUCGAUACCAUACCACAGACAAGAAAUUCCCUGACUUACCUGGAUUGGAGGAUCUUUCUAUUGUUCCAACUGCCGUGGAGCAAAAAGCUAUUGAAAUCCUGCGUCGCCAUCGUAAAUACCGCUGGUUGGAUGCUGAGCUGGAUGUUGUCAAGCCAGCCAACACUGUAAACUUGUAAAAGUCAAGAGAACUGCAUACUUCUAAGCGUCAGAACCAACUGCUUCUUAUAAAUGCUUCAAAACUCUUAACACCAAUUGUGUACAUAAAUAAAGUAUUAAUAUGA